AUGGCGCGCCGCAUUCGGGUGCUGGCCUCCCAGCUUUUGUCAACGUCAGCUGCAAAGGCUGAUACAGCCGGAGCCGCGCGCCCCUCUAGCAAUGGCGCGGCCGCCCCCGGCAGCGGCUACAGGCAGCCCCCGCCGGAGAUCCUGCAGAUAGUGGACGCGCCCCCGCAGCCGUCGUUGUCUUUCUCCCCAGACCGUCGGCUGCUGCUGCAGCUGCAGCGGCCGCCCUCGCUGCCGCCCAUCUCAGAGAUCUCGCGGCCGGAGCUGAAGCUGGCAGGCAUCAGGAUCGACGCGGAGCAGUUCAGCCGCAGCCGCAUGGGCUACAACACCUCUCUGGCGAUUGUCAGCGCGGACGAGAUGGUGCCCAGCACCAACGCGCGCGAGAUCACCGGCCCCGGCGGCCCCUCGGACCCGCCGCGCGGGCCGCUGACGCUGUGGGUCGCCGACGUGGCGACGUGCACCGCGCGGCCAGCGCUGGAGGGGCGCAGUUUGAACACCGUGUUUGACAGCUACAGCUGGGUGGACGACACCACCAUCGUCGCGUGCUGCAUACCCGAGGGCGUCAGCUCCCCGCCCCAGCGGCCGCCGGCCCCACUGGGACCGAAGGUGCAGGACAACACGGCGGCCCGCAAGAGCCAGAACCGGACGUAUGCCGACCUGCUCAAGGACGAGGUCGAUUCGGCCCUGUUUGAGUACUAUGGCAGCUCAGAGCUGGUGCAGGUGGACGUGGCAGGCGGCGGCCCGCCCAAGGUUAUCGCGCCGACGCGGCUGUACACGGAAGUAGACGCCAGCCCUGACGGCGAGUGGCUCCUGGUCAGCUGGCUGGAGCGGCCCUUCUCCUACGCGGUGCCCUGCGGCCGGUUCCCGGCGCGCGUGCAGCUGUGGCGCCGUGACGGCACGUUUGUGCGGGAGGUGGCGGCGCUCCCGCUGGCGGAGGAGCUGCCCAACAAGUUUGACGCGACGCGGCCGGGGCCGAGGGGCAUAAACUGGCGGUCUGACGAGGACGCUGAGCUGUCCUGGAUCGAGGCGCAGGAUGGCGGUGACCCGGAUCUCGAGGUGUCCCCGCGAGACAUCGUUUUCACGCUGUCAGCGGCAGACGCGGCGGCUGGUGGCCCCCCGCAGGAGCUGGCGCGCACCGACAUGCGCUGCGGGGGCGUGGCGUGGUGCGACGGAGACCUGGCGCUGCUCUAUGAGUCCAAGUGGGCCACCCGCCGCAGCCGCAUCUGGACGAUCUCCCCCGCGCGCCGCGACCAGGCCCCCGCGCUGCUGUUUGACCGGUCCUACGAGGACGUGUACAACGACCCCGGCAGCCCGCUCAGCAGGCGCACAGAGAACGGCACGUACAUCCUGGCCAAGGUGGACGGCAAGCGGCAGCUGCUGAUGGCCGGCAGCGGCGCGUCGCCCACCGGCAACCGCCCCUUCCUUGACCUGUUUGACCUGGAGACCAAGGAGGCGACGCGGCUGUGGCAGAGCAGCCCACCAUACCUGGAGAGCACGGGGUCCAUCUUGAGCGACGUGACGAAUGUGGGCGGGGUCUAG